GCGCGCGCUCGCCAGUCACCGCUGGCCGUCGUACGCGCCGCACGCGCCACGCGGCAUCAGUUUUCCUCCUCACACGGAAAUUUGUGUCGCGAGUGCGUUUGAACCUUAAAAGACCCUGUGCCCUUUCACCCAAUGAAGGAUUAUGUGCAUGGCUGACAAGUGCUUCAACUGUGAUUUUCUGUACUACAGUGUCCCCGGCCCUCCCUUCCUACGCUAACCCUUACACGAUUCACAAUGGAGUCGACGCCGUACGUGUCGGCCCACUGGCUGUCCGCAUUCGUUCUUCUCUGCUCAUUCUUCUCCACACACACACUUGACACUAAGAUCCACGAGCACAUGACACCUGAAGAGCUCCAGUCAGUCUUCCACGUAGACCAUCACACCCUCGUGCCUCCAUACCACCUGGUGCAGCUCACCCACCACCUAGCCCGGCGGCACGUCGCACCCGGCCACCAGACCAACAUCAUAACACCAGCAAACGCCAAAACCCCCCACGAAAAACCCUCAAAAAAACAAUGGAAGACCGAAACCAGUCCACCGUCAUUGCUAAACGAUGAAAUGUUUGUCAAAGCGAAAGAAAAUAUCAAAGACGUUGAUAUCAUAGGAGAUUUGAACAACACAGUUAGUGUAAACUUUGACGUGACAAAUUCUAGUGAGAUUAGUGACAGUGCUAGUGUUUUAAGUGAUUUAGAAAGGUUGGUUGAAGGUCAGGAGGUUGAUGUGCAUAAGAUCGACUUGGAGGCGUUUGGGAGGCAGCUGAAGUUGGUGCUGAAGAAACAGGAGGGGCUGCUGAAGAAGGAUGGCUUGAGGAUGUGGAAGGCGCACCAGAAUGAGUCGCAGCCACAUGGGGUGGAUUAUGAGGAACUGGUUUCGGAAGAUGAAGAAGAUCUAGGUGACUUAUACCAGGAUGAGGAAAAUGGUGCUGCGCUACUCAUCAGGAGACACCCCAAACAUGGCAAACUCGUUGUGGAGGGCUCAAUAGGUCACGACCUGGUGAUCCGGCCCAUACCGGACUCGAUGACGGCGGCGGCGCAAGACGACGAGAUGUUCAUGGACCCCUCCAGCAUGGCUGAUAUGGUCUCCAUCGAUACUGGACUGCCUUUAGUGAAAAGAAAAAGGGAAGAUCAGGCGAGAUUAACACAAGCGCUUAAUGGCGCCCAACACGUUAUCAUCAAACGAGACCCCGCGGACGCAGAACACGACCAUUUAGGAGAUUACGCAUUCAUGGAGCCAGAUCACCUGGGUAAGCGGUUCAGGAGGAAACGGUCAGCGGAGCCCCAUUCGAGACGGAAAAGAGAAGCGCCCUACGUCAUCUACCCAGAGAUUCUGGUCAUCGUCGACUACGAUGGUUAUAGGUUACACGGAGGCGACAACGUGCAGAUCAAACGCUACUUCGUAUCAUUCUGGAAUGGCGUCGACCUGAGAUACAAACUACUCAAAGGACCCAGAAUACGGAUAUCCAUUGCUGGUAUCAUUAUUUCUAGGGGUCGGGAUGCUACACCAUACCUAGAAAGAAAUCGUGUCGGUCGCGAUGCGAUUGACUCGGCAGCGGCGCUCACUGACAUGGGCAAGUAUCUGUUCAGAGAGCGACGCUUGCCUGUCUACGACAUCGCUGUUGCCAUCACCAAACUAGACAUGUGCAGAAGACAAUUUCCCAACGAUGCGUGCAAUAGAGGGACAGCAGGUUUCGCGUACGUUGGCGGCGCUUGCGUGGUGAAUAAGAGACUCGAGAAGGUGAACUCCGUCGCCAUUAUUGAAGAUACCGGCGGUUUCUCCGGCAUCAUCGUCGCUGCUCAUGAAGUCGGACAUUUACUAGGAGCAGUUCACGACGGCAGUCCCCCACCGUCCUACCUCGGCGGUCCAGGUGCGGAGAAGUGCCGCUGGGAAGACGGCUACAUCAUGUCAGACUUGCGACACACGGAGAAGGGCUUCAGGUGGUCUCCUUGCAGCGUGCAGAGUUUCCAUCAUUUCUUGAACGGCGACACAGCGACGUGCCUAUACAACUCUCCCCACGAAGAUGACUCAUUACCACGCGUGUUGCCUGGACGACUGCUCACGUUAGACGCGCAGUGCCGGAAAGAUAGAGGCACUAGCGCAUGUUUCAAAGACGAGCGAGUAUGCGCGCAGCUGUUUUGCUUCGACGCGGCGAGUGGGUACUGUGUCGCGUACAGACCGGCUGCUGAAGGAUCGCCGUGUGGCGAUGGACAGUAUUGUAUAAACGGGCGGUGUAUAACAGAACACGAGAACAUAAUACCUGACUAUUCACAACACACGCCGAGCUACGUGCGUCCUGAAACGAGCCCGUUCUUCGGUAACAUCACCAGUUACGAUGGAACGACACAGCCGUACGUAGUUAGUACAUCGGCGCCACCCGCACAAACAACCAAAUACUACCAAAAGAGCACAGAAUACACAACAACAACCAAGAAACCAUACUUCCAGUUCACUACAAGAAACCCAUACCAAUUCUUCACUGAAAAGUCUACGACGACAACACAACCACCGAGCGUCACUUACCCGCCUUCGAUAAACAAAUACUCGAUCACAUCAACAAAAAGUCCUUACGACUUCAAAGACUUUACCACGAGACCAACUACCACAACCACAGCGAAAAGAGGUUUUUACAACAAGGAAGACUUCGAUGGUUUCUUUAGACGGUCCACGACCAAAAGUCCUUACCAAGACAAGAGUGUUAAACCAGUCUUUAAGAUAGGAACUUAUUAUUCUCAAGCGAAGAGUAGCGAUAAUUCUAUUCGACCGGACGCUAACUCGCAACAAGUGCAAAUAGAACCAGCGAGGUUACUGUUCUCUUAUCAAAGGAAUUUGACGAGCGGGACGCUAGUACAACCCUAGGUUGCCAAAUAUUGCAGCCGCCAUUAACGCUAGAGCGGGUCGAGCCUUGAAGACUGUCACGCUGGGGCGUCGCGUGGCCGCAGCCCACGUGCGUCGCUCCGGUCACCAACACAUUUCAUAUUGUGACCGCACACACCCAGAAACACCUCUACAUCAAAUAGCCAACAUUUUAAUACCCCAACCUCUAAUACUCGAACUAUAAUUAAUUUCCUAAGCAAUAAAAGCAAGCAGACAAACAUUUUGCUUGUUUUUAUUCCGUAUAAACUCGUUAAGAUACGGGAGUGUGCGUAUUGUGUGUGAAAUAAAUUGCGUCCGAAGACAAUGCUUUAUGAAAGUGUCGGACGCAGUUCCGUGAGUGAUAUUACAAUGUGAUUGUGUUAUUAAUGAACUUAUAAGUACACUAGAAUAUUAGAAACGUUAGGAGCAAGUCCAAGUGUCCUGCGGUCGAUUCCAUUCGCUUGGAUAACGAAAUACUCUUAGGUUUGAGAUAAAAAGGUUGUAAAAUAUCAUCAAUGUUACAUAAAAGAAACUGCCACGAAGUGCCUUUUAUACAGUAAUUAUUAAGAAAUGUUAAAGUAAGGUUUAUUUUUUUAUUUUAUUUUUUUUUGUUUUUAAAACUGACUUCAAGAGCGACUGGUUCGCGGUCUUCUGAAAUUAGGUUUAUUCUUAUUUUAAGUAAAUUUUACAUUAUACAAAACUUCAAUUGGUUUUUUUGUUCUCAUGAAAAUAUCAAUUUGUUGUAUUUUAUGCUGUUUUUAAUGUCUAAAAUUAUUUAUGAAGAGAUAUUAAAUCUAAUAAAGUUACCAAUAGUGUAAAAAAUCUUUUGCAAUGUACUUUGGUUGUAUGGAACAUGCCUAUAUUAAGACAUUCCGUGAUAUUAAAACUUCGACAUCACUUGCCGUUGAUAUAACUAUUUAUUGUAUGCGAACUAUUUAUGUAUAAAAAUCUCUAUAUUUCCUCCAAAACUGUUUAAAUUAGGAAAAAAUAUAGAAAAUAACGAAUACCUACUGA